AUGCUUUCCGAAUCAUUCGUUGCGUCGACGCUGCUCUCCGCUAAAUCCCCGACCGCCACGCUGAGAGAUGUCGGGAUUUGCGUGCAGGAAUUCCAGCCUUCUCCCCAGCUUCGAUCCACUUUCAAGAAGAGCUCAACUAAUGCCAAUGGCCUGGCCGUGAGCCCUACGCAUAUCUUCUCCGCACAGGCUGAGAAGGCAGUCGUUCACGUCUAUAGUCGGGAGAAGGGAAACCAAGAGGCCCUCGUCCCUUUCCCAGAACGGAUCCGCAGCAUUGCUGUUGCCGGUGCAAAGUAUGGCGAUGUGCUGGUUCUUGGCACGGAAGGUGGUCGGUUGAUCCUGUGGGAGACCUGUACUGGACGCCAAGUAUCCACUACCGCCUCUCAUCUUCAGCCCGUCACCUCACUCGUUGUCGACCCCACCUCGAACUUCAUCCUGUCCGGCUCGCCUGAUGCUGCUGUACAUGUCUGGUCCUUGCCCGGAAUUCUCUCCUUCUCGAAGCCCGCUUCAAGCCAAACACGCCAGCCCUCCAAUGCCCCCAUCUGCACCUUUUCCAACCAUCGCGCCGCCAUUACCGCUCUUGCGAUUGGACACAGCAAUGGCCGACACAACAUUGCGGUCUCGACGGCAAAGGAUAAUACAGCAAUUGCAUGGGACUAUUAUACUGGUCGGGUUCUGCGGACAUUCCUCCUCCCAUCUUCUGCGACAUCCGUGGCGCUAGAUCCCGUCGACCGGGCUGGCUACGUUGGAUACGAAGACGGAAGCGUGCAGUCAAUAGAUUUCUACCGUGGCAACACAGCGCAGCAUACCAUUCACGAUGCCUCGCUUCAAUCUACACCAGCACAAGUGACCUCAGAAGACCGAUGGCUUCCACCUUCGGCCGACUCAGGCUCGACCCGUGCCCUUUCCCUAUCUUACGAUGGUACCAUUCUGCUCUCGGCGCAUGAGAGUGGAAAGGUUCUGUCAUGGAACAUUGCCCGCCGCAAGUUUGCGACAACUGUCGGCGACUACACACAUCCCGUUACAAACUUGGUCGCGUUGCCACCAAGCGGCCUUCAGCAGGCUUCGAAGGAGUUGAAGAGAACCGCUCACACCAUCGUCAAGCCCCGUCAUGAUAAUGCUUCUUCCGAUCCAUCGCAUGUUCCAGGUGCUGUCCCAGCCGACUACGUUUUCAACACUCACAUUCUUGCCCCCUCUCAACCCCGCAACCCCAAAUCGACUCUUUUCUCCCAAGCCCUCACACAUGCAAGCUUCCCCGACUCAAUGAUCGACGAUGGUCUCGCUGAAUUGGCUGCGCUUCGCACCCCGGGCGGACCUGACGUCACUCGUGUUGUGCCCGUGGCAUCCACCACUACAAAGUUUACUGAGGACUCAUCCUCUCGAGACAACCACGUCACAGAGCUCGAAACAGAAGUGGCCAUGCUCAAGAAGAAGGCAGCGGUGAAUGAUACUGCUCGAAACGCUACUGCGGAUGAGGUUGUGCAAUUGCGCUCGGACCUGGCGACCCUGCAGGAUUACAUCAAUGAAUUGCAUGAGAAGCAGGAGGCCGCACAACGUGACAAGGUCGUGCGCCAAGCAAGGAAGGAAGAACGUGAGACCAAGAAGCGGGAAGCGUGGCUCGCUGCUGAGAAAAAAGGGCGCAAUGGUGACGCCGCCAUGAAAAAGAUGGAUGUUGAUGGUGAUAGUCUGACUAGCGAUUCGGAUGACCUCAGCGAUGAAUAA